UGAAUUUCGCCCACCUCGGAAAGACAACGCUUUACUUCCUGGCUAAGCUUUUUACAUUAGAUGUUGGGUCGGGAUAGUGUCAGUUCUGUAUCAACAGAGUUUUUACACAUUCAGUGCCAGGCUGAAAAUAAUGGCGUGUUCAACGCAGCAUAGAUUUAAGGACCUCGAAUAUAAGAAUUGGUUAAAAACAACACUGAGUUUACAGUUGCUACGGAGCGGUUUGGUGAAUUUUUUGGACAACGAAACUGAAGUUUUUCACUCGCAGCUGCUGAGAACGCUGAAGGGAGAGAUCUGUAAGGUUCAAUGCAAUACCAAAAGCUGCGGAAAUCAAGGCUUAAAGCCUCCAUUGACAUGUCCUGCCUGCUCAAAGUGGAAGAAUGAAAUCCUGUCAAACCACAGUAAUAAACAUAGUAUCAUCUACUGGAAUAACUGCAAGCCUCAUCUUUGGCAUGCAGAUAAAUGGGAAGUUGCCAAGGUGUAUAUGCCUAGGGGAAACAAGGACCAUACCAAGGCAAACGCCUUUGACAUCUCUGCAUUCUUGAACUUGAUGAAAUUUUGCAAGCACUUUGAGAAGAUUGUGAAAAGCCAGAUGUUGGACAAGGUGACCAAUGUGAGAAACCAGAUGAUGCAUUCAGCUGAGAUGAAGGUAACCACUCAGGACAUGGAAACGCACAUUGACAAAAUCCUUGACCUGGUCCGGCACCUGAAAAACCGUGUACCCCUGAUCCCUGACCUGGAACAGCUGGAGAAAGAAAUCAUUGAGCUGCUGAAGACUGAACUGAACAUGGUGCUGGAGGGAGCGCAGCUAGAGUCCGCUGGCGAGAACCCAAUUAGCCGCAUAAUGGACAAGCAGAAGCUCCACGAUUUGGAGCAGCAAGUUCUGAAGGAGAAGAUUGACGCCCUGGCCUUUCGUCUGGAGGAGAAUAAAGACUUGCUUGUUAACCAGGAGGAGCACCGUAAGCUGAAGGAAUUCCUUGACAACAACAAGGACCUCCUGGAGCAGCUGCACCCACGGUUAGCCAAGCUGGACUUCCUAGUGCAGAAGGUCAACCAGCACGACGAGAGGCUGAGUGAACUGGAGAAGAAGACUGAGGAACCAGUUUUCAGCGUUCAACCAGUCCGUUUUAAAAACCACCUGCAUGAACUUGCACAGAAAAAUAAAUGGCCUCUACCAGAAUUUUCAGAGGAACGCCACCCACUAGGCUACAGAGGCGUGGUCCUGGUGAACGGAGUGAAGUACACAGGAUUGAAGGUGUUCCCUAAAGUGGUGGCAGCGCACCAGGAAGUGGCGAUGAUUGCCAUUGAGCAGCUAACGGCAGAGGGGUGUCUGCUCCCGGACCCGGACACUAGCCAAUCAGAGACCAGCUCAACCAGUGCAGAUAUGUUGUUCCCAGCAGCCCCGUUGUUUUUCUCCUGCGUGACUGUUAAAUUGAACACUGAAGUUUCACUCCCAGAGGGAUGCAGUGAAAGAGAGGAAGCUGUUGAAGUAGCCUAUGCAAGAUUAGCAUCCAUGUUUGGCCUGCAAGCCUCGGCGUCAGGGGCGUCCAAACAGAUGGUCCUGGAUUUUUUUUCUACAUCUGGUUUCAUCGAACCUGAAGAGAUCUGGGAGACAACCGAUGACAGCAAGUUCAAGUGCAAGCUCAGAAUGUCAGGGCCAUUCAGAUUUCAAAGUCAAGCUGGUGCUUCCAAAAAGCAGCAGGCACAACAUGAGGCAGCUAAGGAAGCGCUCACCCAACUGACAGGGGUCCUAGGCUGGGACGGUGUCUGUGAAAAUGGAAACUACAAGGGGAGGCUCCAGGAGCUGCUGGUGAAACAGGGUCAGGAGAAGCCCACAUACGAACCCUUCACAGGGGGCAGUGGGAGUCCUGGAGACAAAACUCGUCCAGCUCCCUCAGUCUCGAUUGUUGAGUCCUGCAAGGAUAAAGAAGUAUCUAUAGCCAGUCCCUCUGAAAGGCCAACAGCAGCACCCCCUCAAAGAAGCACGCUACAGCCAACCAGAGUGGCAGUGGCUAAACCUGAACCAGCUGCAACUCAGUUAUUCUUUGCGAGUGUGAUUGUCACGUUGAAGAAAGUAAUCGACCCACCAGAAGUGCACAGCGAGAAGGAGGAAGCCAUCCAGGCGGCCUAUAGGAACCUGGCGUUAGAGUUCGGCCUGACAGAAUCAGUCCCCGGUGUUCCUGUGAAGAAGAUGGUCGUGGAUUACUUCACUAAAUGUGGUUUUAAGGAACCUGAUGAGUUCUGUGAGCCAGCUGGAGACAAUAAGUUCAAGUGCAAGCUGGAUCUCUCUGGCGAUUUUCGAUUUCACAGUCAAGAUGGUGUUACCAAAAAGCAGCAGGCACAACAUGAGGCAGCUAAAGAAGCGCUCAUCCGACUGGCAGGGGUCCUAGGCUGGGACGGUGUCUGUGAAAAUGGAAACUACAAGGGGAGGCUCCAGGAGCUGCUGGUAAAGCAGGGUCAGGAGAAGCCCACAUACGAACCCUUCACAGGGGGCAGUGGGAAUCCUGGAGACAAAACUCGUCCAGCUUCCUUGAGUACCUGUGUUGACUCUGCCAAGCUGGAAACAUCAGCAACAACAGGGGCCUCAGAAACAACAGGGGCCUCAGAAACAACUAGCUCUGUAACCUCGGCAACAAGGCGUGCAGACUACUGCCUGGCUCCUCAGGACAAGAAGCCAAAGAUUGAAUCACCAAAGCUGCAGAGCUUCCUGGAGAAGUUUCAGCUUGUUCCACCCCAAGUGAUGAACCAGCUGAGUGUGGAGAAGGUGUGCGUCUGGAGAGUGUUAGUUGAUGUGAGCAACUUCACCAUUAAAACUCAGGAGAGCUACAAGUCGAAGAAGGAUGCCAGGCAGAUGUCAUACUUAAAACUAGGAACCGCCAUGGGCAUCUGUGGAUCAAAUGUUGAUGUGACCAAUGCCACUGCUGUAGUGAAAGGGCACUUGACGAAGAGUAACUCUCUUGAUUUACUCUCAGAGGACUUCAAUAAAUUACAAGACAGGUUUAUAUGUCUGCUAGCAGUGAAGUCCUACAGGUUCCCAUUCACAGGAGAAGGUUCUGAUGAACACGCAGCUAAACGAGAGGCCUGCAAGGCUGCGCUGUUCCAGCUGGCCCAACUGUUCGACUGGGGAUUAGCUGCCAAGGUGGUGAGCAAUGGGGACGCAGAGGGCAGGCUCACCCAGCUGCUGCAGGAGUGUCAUCAGGAGCCACCCUCCUUUGAGUGCGUCGAGACCCUGCACACAGCCACGCUGCAACUGCAGUUCAACACAUACUCCGUCUGGAGUAGGGGAAAACAGCACACCACUAAGAAGUCUGCCCAGAGCGAAGUCAGUAUGCGCCUGCUGGGGCUGCUGGGGGAGAAGGAGAUAAAUUGCAGCAUCCCAGUAAGGAACCGAGUUCAGGAAUGGUUCGCAAAAAAGGGUUUUCCGAUUCCCGAUUAUGAGGAUACUGAAGAAAGUGGAGCAAAAGUGACGUUCUCUGCAAAUAUUGACUGCAGCCAUACAGAUUCCCAGCCAAGUUUGGAGCUUGCUGAAGAUAAACUCAUGGACGAGCUCCUUGGUCGUAUCCGGUACAUUGUGGAGGAUGAUAUUGAGUAGGGGCUUCCCAGAUGAAUGAGGCAGAGCUUUCCUAGAUGCUGACGAGACAGAAUAAAAAUGAAAAUUUUUCUGAUGCUGUUCUGGAAGUGAACGCCUGUUUUCCCAUCCCUCCACUAUGCUUUUGUUUCCAUUCCUAUCUGGCCUGCAUGUUUUAUGCUGAAGAGGCCAUGUACAGACACUGCAUGCUCGUUUAUUACGAGGUUCAAAUCAAACACUAAGCACUUCUAGAUGACCUCCCUUAUAAAUGACUUAUUGUUAAAUACAAGUACAUAGACAUAGAUAGUUUCCUGCAGAAUUGUUUAAAUAUGUUAUCUGAAAAACAGUUGUGAUGGAUAGUAAGUUUUGCUCUGAAGCUUUAAUGCAGUACACUGUUUUAGAUCCAAAAGCCAACUGUAUUCAUAAUACUGAAAUAACAGAAGAGUAAUAAUCAUUAAAUUGUAUUUUAAAGUCAUUUUAUGUGGGAGCUCAUUAAUUGAUUAAUUUAUUUUGCCAGGGUCUAUGUGCAAUGCAACCCACCACUUUGUUAGUAAAUGUGUGAUUAUUGACUAUGGUUUUAAUAUUUAAAGACUUGCUUUGUGGGAUUACCUAGGUUCUAUCAGCCUCACCCAGAACUGUUAACUUCAUAGAAAAUCAAUGGGCAAUCCAUCCUGAUCUUCCUGUAGUUAAAGCUUUUAAAUGUAAUUUAAAACAAAGUUCUUGACAAGCAAUGAAUAUGAAAUUCUGAAUGCUUCUGGUGAUAAAAAAAACCCAAAACAUAUAAUGAAAAUAAAGAAAUCUGUUUAUGCUUUUACUGAGCAAGAAGGGGCCUGGAAUUAUUGGAGUCUUAUAUUUUAAAUGUUGACGCGAACAGAGACGGUUAACAGCAUCAUGAUGAUACCUGAAUCGGUCAAAUUGGGUUAGCACCCUGAAAAUGUAUUUGAAAUGGCGUAAAGAAUGUUGUUGCAGGUUCCUUGAGGUGAGUUUCAUUUGAGGUGUGAAACCAUGAAAACAACACUGAAAAGUUCAUAAAUAAACUACUCUCUGCAUA